AUUAAUGAUAAGCUUGAUAGAUUCAAAUCAUAAACUAUUUGAGCUCAUAAUAUUUUCCCUAUUAAUUGCCUCCUGCAAUACUAGCAAUUUUUGGGGCAACCAUGUUGAAUGUAUAUUUUAUUUUCAUAUAAUGUUUAGAUCAUACUUCAGAGCCAAGCAGUACGAAAUAAGAUCCUACUUUAUAUUUCAUUGUAGGAUUUUUUUUCAUAUUUAUUGCUGUUGCUUUGCUAUACUUAAUGGUGAGAAGGUUUAUAUUCAUCACAUAACAAACUUAGAUGUAUGAUUAUAAGAAACCAAUUAGAAGAAGCAAUAAUGAGACAAUGCAUUUAAGCUAACUCACUAGAAGUGAAUCCUAAUACCAAUAAUUAAUUAAUUUAUAUUAAUGGUAGAAAAUUCAUCUCUAUCAUUUUCUUAGGUUAAUCUACAACCAAGGAUCUUAUAUUUGAUUCUGAAUAUGGUUUGACUGUGAAGGAUUGUGUUAAGCUUAAUAGAGUGGUCGAAAUGUAUAAAAAGUUUAAUUAAACAUCAGUGGAAGACGGAGAAACUCAUAGUUGGGAAGUUGUGGAUUGGACGCCAAAUUUUGAUCCAAUUUAAGAAGAAGCUCACUUUUUAAGUAUUGUUAAUUUGCAUUGUAGAGGAAGAGACAUUUAUUAAUUUAAAUGUUUACCUUGGUGGUUAUUUACUGAGCAAGUCAUUGGUAGAAAAAAUAAUCCCAAAAGAAAUUGUUCCUAUAAACCAUGAUAAUGCAUAAGCAGCUGCUAAAUUUUUAAAAGAUUAAACGAGAUUUUGUAAUCAGUAACACUUAUCAAAUCUAUAUAGUUAUGCACGCGGACAUUAUAUAUAUUUUGAAUAAAAAUAUGGAACUCUCACAUUGUAGGAUAUAAGAGUCUCAUUCGUUGCUUCUUAUACUGGUCCUACCACUGUGAUUGCUUAGUAGUAUAAUAAUACAUUUGUGCCUUUUGUAAUCCAAAAUUAAUCAGAUUAGACUUUGGUUAGAGAUGGAAAUUUCGAAAAUUAGCAGGAUAUGGAAUAUAACAGGGUUAAUUGUUGUUUUUCUUGUUACAAUUACUUAAAAGUAACUCUAAACCCCCCAAACAUUGAAAUAAAUUACAUCUACGACUCAAUAAUAACAUAAGAAAAUAUUUGUUAACAACAACAACAACUUGUAUUUUUUUAUUAAUAAUUCAAUUGUUUAUUACAAUUUGGAGGAUAUCUAAAUAUGGUAAUAGAUAUUAUAGAUUCAUAUAGGCACUUGGGCUUUGGUUUAUAAUUUCCCAUAUUACAUGGGUGAUUUCAAUGUCCCCUCCUGAUGAAAAAAUGUUGGCUGAAGACUCUAUAUUUUGUGUCUUUUUCAGUGUUUUCAUAUCUUUUCCAUUAUGCUUAUUAGUUACUGCUAUUUCUUGGCUAAGUUUUAAUCCAAAAUGUGCAUUGGUAAUAAUUAUAAUUUCAGGUUUAAUCGGAAUUAUAUAUUUUAUAAUGAAGAAUUGA